GCUAGUGCCUUAGUUGACUUCAGCACUGUCCCACUCCAAAAUGUUGUUCUUUUUGGAUUAUUGACCAUCAUCAUUGCAUGCUGCUUUAUUUGGCUCUUUCUUUCUCAGAGAUGGUAUCUAGAUCGACUUGAACAAGUCAACAUCAAUAGUAAUGAUGGCGAGAAGAAUCAAAUUAGUGCCUCCAGGUCAAAAUCUUCUGAUGGUGCUGGUGGCAGAUAUCAAGUAAAUGAGAAUCAUUGGACAGGGUUAAUACCGCUACAAGGAUGUUCUGGCAAUGAUGCUUUUCAGCUUCUAAAUAGCCGUUGGAUGGCUGCUUUGAAUGCUUACAAUAAUUUACCAUAUGAUUCUUCUGAAAGGCCAGUCAUGUAUACAGAAAGAUCACCGUGGGGGCAAUCUAUGCUUCCGCACCAGUUGAUGUUACAAGCUGGAGGUGUAUCUUCCCCUGAGGUUGCAGGACUUUUCAAGUGAGCUUUGACUUGCAAUACAGGGUACAGGUGUCAGUUCGAUGCCUAAUUAUUAGCUUCAAGUGCCAAAACUUCUCCAAACUUAGGCUCUUCUGAUGCGUUUGCAUUGUAAUGGUAAGACGCUUGUUUUGAGUUAUUAUCAACCCUGAUAAACUGCUUGUUUAAAAAGACAGCAUCUGCUUACACCUUGAACAUUGACAAGUCGA